GUCCCGUCAGUUUGUUGCGUUGCCGUCGAGAGGUUGGGUGGGUCCGCGCGACCGGAGUGCGAGUGUUUUGGGUGCUUGUGGAUCCUCGGGGCACCUCAACUCUGAAAAAAGGCUCCGAAAUUUUAUUGGAAUAUUUAUAUAUGCAUUUGAAGACCAAACUCUUUUGAUUCAAGUCUAACUGUCUCCAAGACUGCGGGUGUGCGAGGUGGUGAGGUGCUGCCGUUGGUGCCAGUUGAAGAUUUUCUGCUGAUUUUCCUGUCAGUGUUUGAGUGUUUGUGAGUGCUUUGUUGUGUUAUCUGCACUAGAUAGGUGAAGAUUUCUGAGUUUAAAAUGGGAGACAUGUCACCAGAGUUUGCAACAAAGGAUGAAGAAAUUGCAUUUUGGAAGGGUCUCGCUCAGGAUUUGAAAAUAAGACUGGCCGAGUCCCGGGACGAGCUGGACGAGUUCCAGGAGAACUCCCGCGAGCUGGAGGCCGAGCUGGAGGCACAGCUGGAGCAGCAGGAGGCCAGGGUGAAGGAGCUCACCGCCCGCCUGGCGCGCGUCCAGACCGAAAACGACCAGAUCAAGGAGAAGCUGGAGCACCUGCAGGUGGAGGCGCACCACGAGAUCUCGGACCUGCAGACCGGUCUCUCGGAGGUCACCUCCAUCAAGGACAAGCUCUCCAAGUACAUCCGAGAACUCGAACAAGAGAAUGAUGACCUCGAGAGGGUCAAAAGGACCAUGGUGGUAUCGCUGGAGGACUUUGAGGGCCGACUGAACCAGGCGCUGGAGAGGAACGCCUUCCUCGAGUCCGAGCUGGAUGAGAAGGAGACGCUGAGGGAGAUGGUGCAGCGACUCAAAGACGAGUCCAGAGAUCUCCGUCAAGAGCUAGUGAUCCGCGAGCGUCACGAAGCCGACGACCAGGAGCCCGACAACGAGCGGUCAGCAGUGGACAGCAACAAGCGGCUGGAGGACGGGCCGGACGGUGGGGUGCGGCCGGUGGCGCCGCCUGUGGCGCCCACAGCCACACCGGCCGCCCUCACUGCCAACACCACCGCUAAAGUGCCACCGGCGGUGGGCGAGCAGCCGGCCACCAACGGUCACGUGGUCGCUCCCUUGGACGGCGGUCCCAUGACGCCUUCGUCACGGAUUUCGGCGCUCAACAUUGUCGGCGACCUCCUGCGUAAAGUCGGGGCGCUCGAGUCCAAGCUGGCCUCGUGCAAGUCGUACGUCAAGGACAACCCGCGGCCGCACGCGGGGCACGGACAGCAGGUCGGCCGUGACCUUCACAGGGUUAAACCCAGGAAGGUGGUCACCAAAAUUCCGACCCAGGUUCAGCGUUAAACGCAGGUCUCCGUCAGCUGAUAUCGCUAUCUGUUCGAAUACAAGCCGCCGCUGCCAUGGCAACCACGCCACGCGUCACUCACCGCUGCGUCGCCAUGCCAACCGCUGCGUCACCGCCUGUCACCGUACCAGCUUCCGGUUGCCAUGGUUACCUCGGUUCACCACAGACGCCGUAUGUGUUGCCAUGACUACCACCGCUGUAGUAUGUGCUCGCCUCAUAGUUGACAAACUCGAUCUACAAUAGUGCGUGUGAUCCUCGCUUUAGAAGAACGCUCUUUCAGUUCAUUGCUUGGACGAUCACAGCACCUUUAUUCGUACCAGUGAGUGUGUGUUUCAAAUGCGUGACACGCGGCUAGUGCAGUGCUUCUCGCUGGGAAAGCCAUCUUGGCUUAUCAGCUGCGAGGAAAGUGUAUGACGGAGUGUCAGCAAGAAUGGUGCAGAGAAUCUCUGAAAAGUGCUCCGGUCGGGGCUAAGUGCUGGACCCACUUGUGUGCUGGGUGGUGCGGAUGAGAGUUGAAAUGGUUUCGAGUGUGCUGGGAUUGACAGGAGGGUUUUCUCUAGUGGUCGGUGUUGGCCGUGAUGACAGCGAUGGCAGUGACAGUGGUGACAGUGGCAGUGGCAGCGAUGGCAGCGGCAGAUGCGGUGACAAUGGUUUAGGUUAUUCAAAUUGAAAGAGUGGGGAGUUAGAGUGUUAGAGAGUGGACGGCAACGCGAUGAAGAGUUGCAAUGAAGGUGUUACAUGUGUAGUUGAGUGGCUGGGAGUUAAACUAAAUGUGAGAUAGUGUAAGAGUAAGGUGUUGUGAGAGGCGGAGUGGGUGAAAGAGAGUGAACGAGUUAGUAUGUGAGUGAUUGCGCGUGUGCUUGUAUGCGUGCGUGCGUGCGUGAAUGAAUGGGUGAAUGAGUGAGUGAGUGAGCGAAAGGUUGAGAGAAAGUAGGAGAUGGAGAGAGACGCUCCAGUCACUUGCUCUUUGUUCGUCCUUCAUUUUGUGCUUACGUGCUCGCCGAACGCGUUUAAACAUCUUGAACAUGUGUUCUCGCUCUGCUCGCGGGAGACGUGUGGCGAUUACGCUGCGGCCCGGGCUAUCGGAGCGAGCCCAUUGGCGUUGUUGUUUGGUAAGGUCCGAAAUAUCUGAAGUUAUUUUCCCGUUGUGCAGAAUUACUUUGCGAGUGAUGUCUGUUUUUGUGUUGGCGGUCGUCCGGUAACUUCUUCCUGAAUCUGUCAGAGAAAAUAUUAUAUUUCCAGUCUUAA